AUCUCUUCCCUCUCUCUCCACUCUUCAGUACCGUCUAGCGACUCUAGCUCCCUCGUGAUUCGAGCCAAAAACAGAGGAAAAAAAAACCCAACGAUUCAAUUUCACGCCUACACAUUUAUUCCAAACUCUUUCUCUCACUAGUCACUACACAUUUCUCUGACAAAAGCGUUAGAACUUCGUGUUUGGCCUUUUCCCAUUUCUUAUUUCAACUCAUUCAUAUACCACAUUCCUCCAAGUAAACAAACCAGAAGAGAGAGAGAGAGAGAGAGAAUUCGUGUUUGGCCUUUUCCCUCUUUCCUCUUUCUGAUUUCAACACAGUCAAUUCAACCCACAUUCUUCAACCGAACAAACAGAGCACAGAGAGAGAGUGAGAGAGGAACAAUGCAGCGGGGCACUGAAAUGGAAGAGAGGCCAGAAACGGAGCUGAUUUCAAUCCCAGCAACCCCACGAACAACAUCGACACCCGAAAUCCUAACCCCGUCAGGGCUGAGAUCGCCGAAAUCCGCACCGAAAUCGGCGGCGGCUGGGACGGCGGGGUGGACUCCGACGUCGUUCAUAUCGCCGAGGUUCUUAAGUCCCAUCGGGACGCCGAUGAAGAGGGUCCUGGUGAACAUGAAGGGAUACCUGGAGGAGGUGGGCCACCUGACGAAGCUCAACCCGCAGGACGCGUGGCUCCCCAUCACGGAGUCGCGCAACGGGAACGCGCAUUACGCCGCCUUCCACAACCUCAACGCCGGCGUCGGGUUCCAGGCCCUGGUCUUGCCCGUUGCUUUCGCUUUCCUCGGCUGGAGUUGGGGAAUACUUUCCUUAACGAUAGCCUACUUCUGGCAACUUUACACCCUAUGGAUUCUAGUUCAGUUACAUGAAGCAGUUCCUGGUAAGAGGUACAACAGAUAUGUGGAGCUUGCACAAGCAGCAUUUGGUGAAAGACUUGGUGUCUGGCUCGCCCUCUUUCCGACAGUAUACUUGUCCGCUGGGACUGCAACAGCUUUGAUCCUCAUAGGAGGGGAGACAAUGAAACUCUUCUUCGAGACUGUUUGUGGUCCUCAAUGUACAUCAGAUCCUUUAACGACAGUGGAGUGGUACUUAGUUUUCACUUCCCUUUGUAUUGUAUUGUCCCAGCUGCCAAACCUCAACUCCAUCGCAGGACUCUCUCUCAUAGGGGCAAUCACGGCCAUUACUUACUCAACUAUGGUUUGGGUACUUUCAGUGAGUCAACAAAGGCCACCCUCAAUCUCAUACCAACCUCUUUCAUUACCUUCCUUUUCUGCCUCUGCCUUUUCAGUCUUGAAUGCACUUGGUAUCAUCGCCUUUGCUUUCCGGGGACACAAUCUAGCCCUAGAGAUUCAGGCAACAAUGCCAUCAACCAUCAAACACCCAGCUCAUGUGCCCAUGUGGAGAGGAGCCAAAGUUGCAUAUGUCCUAAUUGCCAUGUGCUUGUUCCCUGUGGCAAUUGGAGGUUUCUGGGCUUAUGGAAACCUUAUGCCUUCAGGAGGGAUGCUCAAUGCCUUGUUCGCAUUCCACAGCCGCGACAUUCCUAGAGGACUUCUUGCCAUGACAUUCCUCCUAGUCGUCUUCAACUGUUUGAGCAGCUUCCAAAUAUACUCAAUGCCCGUUUUCGACAGUUUCGAAGCUGGUUACACCAGCCGGACCAACCGACCGUGCUCGAUCUGGGUCAGGUCUGGCUUCCGGGUAUUUUACGGCUUCGUAAACUUCUUCAUUGGUGUGGCACUUCCAUUCCUUUCCAGUAUAGCUGGUUUGUUAGGAGGGUUAACUCUUCCGGUCACAUUCGCUUAUCCUUGCUUCAUGUGGGUCCUCAUAAAGAAGCCGUCGAAAUAUAGCUUCAGUUGGUAUUUCCAUUGGAGCUUGGGUUGGUUGGGAAUUGCAUUCAGCUUGGCCUUUUCGAUUGGAGGUAUUUGGAGUAUGGUGAAUAGUGGCCUCAAGCUCAAAUUCUUCAAACCCAGCUGAGACUUUCAGUCUGGGUGUGGAAGGGGCUUCUGGCAUGCUGAAAUAACUUCAAAUUAAAAAGUUAUUGUAAUGUUUGUAUCUGCCAUAUGUAUGGCAUUUUGUAUGUUGAGCUUUGUUCUCUGGUAUUUUGGGUAGUGUUUACUGUUUUCUUGUUUUGGAGGUUGUUAUUGUAAAAUCAAUGGAUUUGAAGGGUUUAGUAAUGUUAAUAUCUGGAUAUGGAUGUUCUUGUGAGCAGCACAGGUCAAUAUCUGUUAUUCAUGGCUUGAAUUUUGUUCAGACUUCA